AAUUAUCAGUCAAGAUUGCAUGUCACAUUUCACCAACAACAAAGUUCAUCGUGCUUUACAUCAUAAAGACACAAAACUACACAAUCAUGAAAACAUCACCCAGUAAACAAUUGAGAAAACCAAGUGACAUUAUAUUUUGUUGAAUGACAUCACAAAAACCAUCUUCGCACAUCAAAUAAGUUGGUCAAUGUUUCAUAUAUUAUCUUUCAAAAGGGUUCAAAUACAUGUUCCAUGUGAAGUUUUAAAACUUCACAUGGUACUAUAGUAUGUCGUCAAAAAAUGGAAAAAAACGACAAAAAAAAUAAAAAAUAGACGACAUAAAAUAACAAGGUCCUAUGUCCUUCAGUUCACUGAUCACUCACAGAUUUAUUAUUUAAUUAGUGUUUCAAGUGUUUCUCUUUACUAUUCUUGUGGUGUUUUUCACUAAUAUUUUCUUCUCUUAUUCUAUCCACAUGUCUCUGAUCAUGUAGCUGUUGGCUCUCCAGACACAGGAGGGUUUUCAGAUCCACAGAUUGAUGGAAUUCCUGACCAGAGUUCACUCAUCUCAAACACACACAAUGUCCUUACAUAUCAACUACAUAACUUUACACACACACCUAAAGUAUUUAUGGGCACUUAUGUGUCCAUUCAUGCACAACAUUCACAUGUGGAGAAUGUUAGUAUCUUCUGUUAAAGUCUGAAAAAGCCACUAAAACAAUCCGAAACUGUAAAGAGGAUAAAUGAAGAUUUACUGACAAUUAACCAAUAAAAAAUCAGACGUCAUUUUGAGUUGAGGUUCAACAGAAUAAGAAAAUGACACGCCAACAGUUGCCAUUUCCAUGAGUGGCACAAGGUCUUAUCAAGAUGUUUUUGGUCAAAUUUCUAAGCAGAGGUGGUUUCUUCGCUCCUGCAGUACCUUCUCAUUCCAGCAGGUGUCAGUAAGACGCCUUCACUCUCGGUUGAGGUCAAACUGUGUUAAAUCUAAUUUAAUUAACAUUAAGGCAAAUAAUAAACGAGUGAUUAUGUGUUCGGGUGUGAUUUUGCUGAUAAAUUACCCAGAAUCCAUUUUUUCUACUGCUGAGAAAGACGUGUGACCGGCGUCAGGUGUGCGCAUGCGUGAGCCAAUAUCCUGGUUUUACUCUUGACGUUUGUUGAAGGUGCCUUCAGUCUUCAUGCAUCACAUCUUUGUUUACGGCUCCCUAAAGAGGGGCCAACCCAAUCACCCCUACAUGAUAGACAGCAAUAAUGGAAAGGCCGAGUUCCUCUGUCCCGCCGUCACCGUCCAGAAGUUUCCACUGGUGAUCGCUACCAAGUACAACCUUGUCUUUCUCCUCAACCUUCCUGGUCAAGGCAAGAGAAUUCAUGGGGAAAUCUACAAAGUGGACGAAAAGAUGCUGAAAUACCUAGACUGGUUCGAGAAAGUUCCCACCAUGUACCAGCGGACUGUGGUGGAGCUGGAAGUCAAGAUGGCGGACAAGGAGGAGAAGCUGUCGCCUGGAAGCAUCAUGGAGGCGUUUGUGUACAGCACCACCACCUACCAACCAGACUGGCCAUCACUGCCCACCUACGACAACUACGACGCCAACGGAGACCACGGACUAAAAUUUGUACCGAGGGAAGACAGGAAAUAGUGAUGUGGAUGAGUGGGCUGCCUUUAAACCCACAGAAACAGGAUCAAGAGUUCUAGCAAAUGAGUAACGAAGAAUCACUGACUGAUUGUUUUCUGUUCUCUAGUGAUUUCAAACCAGCUUAGGAACAUCACUUGUUAAAAUACCUUUAUUACGAUUUGAUCCAAAAAUUCAUGCCUACUUUUUGAUACUUUGUCGUUUAAUGAUCAGCUUUGUGGAAGACAAUCAGCUGUUAGCAAUAUUUAAAAAUGAAAAUGUUAAGCCAUAAUAAAAGAUGGGGAUUGUAUUGUAUUAAAAAUGCUUUCUCUAUACUUUA